UGGAAACUGGCGUAAGCUGUUUAUAUACACUUAUCGCACUAAAUAAAAGUGACAAUCCGUGCUAGAGGGUCAGUGCAGAGAGAGAAGUGUUGCCAAGGCGAGCACUGAGGCGACAGCAAAGGAACGGCGUUGCAAGCGGUAAGUGUUUGCACUGACACGCCGGCAAUCAUAUCGCUUGCUCUGCGGAGCUACCGUCAGCCGAGAAGUGCUGCGCGCAGCAAGCGUCCCGAAACUCCAAACCCGCGCUGAUUUUCUUAUCUCCUCCGGCAGCAAAACGUGUAUACAAUAACAAGUACGACUUCGCCCAGUAUACCACCAGCAGCAGCAGUAUAGCAGCGCCGCGAGGUCAAAGAAGCAUUCGCCAGCGUAAAAGACACCUGCCUGCGUGUGCUCCGUGCUGACCUGCAAGGAACGACCGAAAAAAGAAAGAAACAGUCAAAAGAAAAAAAAAAGUACCAAGGGUGGUCAUCGAACCACGCGCUCGUUCGACGAGCGGUUAUCGCAACUGUCACAGCUGGUGAAACUUACGACGGGCUCGAGUGUCAGAAGGCAAGCUAGCGAGACAGGACGCACGUUCUGGCCUUCUAACAGAGCACAGGCAAGACACGGAAGGAAGGCCGAGCCUACACGUGCGACGUCGCCUACCAGAAGCACGCGCAUUUCCGGACCACUAGCCACCAUGGCGCAGCGCGGCCCAUCAACGUACCGCGCGACGUUCCUCGCCCUUGUGGCUACGGCGCUGGCGGGCCAGUGCUGGGCGGCAUGGAAAUCCUGCUCGGCAAACAACGGUCAAGUGCUGGACCUGACGGUGAACACACCCUGCAACAAGGACCGCUACAUCCUCCAGAAGGGCACUAACGUCACGCUCAACGUUCAGUUCUGGUCGUCCGUGGACAGCGACCACGUGAAGGUCCGCGCGCACGGCUUCGUGAUGGGAGUGCCGAUCCCGCUCAAGAUGCCCAACGAAGACGGGUGCCAGAACAGCGGCAUCGAGUGCCCCGUGAAGAACGGCGAAAAGUACGCGUACGUGCAGGAGUUCGAGGUGAAGCCUUCCUACCCCAAGAUGAGCGCCAACCUGAGGUGGGCGCUCGGCGAUUCGAACGGCGGCACCGUAGCCUGUGUGAUCUUGCCCGUGGACAUUGUCGAGUGAUUUAGCGGGACGCUGUGGUGACGUGACGUGAACCCAAUGGAGGUGUAUACGCCGAAGCAGGAUCGCGUCGUGUGACGUGUGCCCUUCGUAUUAGGCCCAUUUGUUUUACGUGGUAAGCCAGAGCGCAUUAAAGAGGCGAGACAUGCGGCAUGUCGAUGCGUCCAGCUUCUCUGUUAAAGCCAGCUUACAGCCUAGAGUGUAACAACCGUCGCUGCGAGCGCUUCAUGACUGAACAUUUUUAUGCAUGGCAACAGCAUGCUGCCAUAACUAUUUCAAGUAUGCCAGAACCCAUGACAGGAAUGGCUAAUAGAUGCUGAAAUAGUUAACACAAUUACAAUAUGUAAUCCAGCACAGAGACCGCGAUUACCACUUCAACCUCACUUGUGGGGAACAGAAAUGAGCUUGCUGUUCCUUCAACGUCAUUUCUUAACGGUGCAUCACCGUGUCAAUGUUGCCUUGCAUGAUGGGGGCCGAUGGGCGCGGUCGAACAAUGAACGGUUGAGCCAUUUGUGAGCAAUGAAGCAUAGUUUGUCGCAGCAUAUACUCAUAUAUGCGUGCACAUACGAGAAUUGUACUUAGCGUCAACGAGAGUGACAUACCUGCUAUAUAAUUGCUCAUGACUACAUGCGUAAGCCCAAAACUUGUCACACUUAUAUCAAUGUUGCCAAGCUUGAAAAUAUUUUUUUUUAUUUGUGUGUAUAAAUUGUUGUAAUGGAGUGAAAUAAGAGAGAGUAGAUGCACCUGAGACUGACUUGGCUGCCACAUUCACGACCAAUAAACAAUAAAAGUAAAACUUAUAUAGCCAACUUCGCUAAUUAUUGUUUCCUAUAGUGAU